AUGAUCGUUGUUCUAAUUGUGAAUUAAUUUAAUAUGAAAAUUGCAAUAUAUAAAAAGAAUGUGCUAUUUGUUAUUAUGGAAAAUGUCUAAAAUGUAAUGAUGGAUUUACAUUCGAAUUCAAUAGAUGUGUUUCAAUUUGUGGAGAUGGAUUAAUCAAUAAAUAAGAAGAAGAAUGUGAUAAUCCAAAUUAAUAAGGAUGUAAUAAUUACAAAAUUUAAAAAGGAUAUAUAUGUCAUGGCUAAACUUAUUCUAUUUGCAAGACUUUUUAAAAAUAUUGUAAGGAUUGUUAAAGUAUAAAUUAAUUCAAUCUCAUAUGUCAUAAUUGAUUGCAAGGGUUUUAUCCAGUUUAAGAUAAAUGUUGGCAAUGUGAAAAAUUGUAUAACUUGUAAAAACGAAUCAAAUUUAUGUACAUCAUGUUAUAGAAAUGAUUGCGAGUUAAGUGAAUCAAUUCCUGGUUAUUAUACUGAUUAUUAAAAUUAAGUUUGCAUCACAUAAUGUGGAGAUGGAAUUGUUGCUUAUGAAUAAGAAAAAAUUGUGAAGAUGGAAAUCUAGAAAAUGGAGAUGGUUGUGACUCUGAGUGUAGAAUAGAAUUAUUAGAAAACUUUAUUAAUAAACUAUAACUUUGGUAAUUAAACCAAAAUGGUAACUAUGAUCUUCACCUUAAUAAUUCAUAAUAUAAAAUAGUAUUAAAUUGUUUAGAUCCUAAAAUUAUUAUUGAUGGUAUGCAAUAAAAGGAUUUAAUAUAUGGAUAAAUAAUUUCUAUUUUUUAAAUGUUCAUUACUUUUGUUACUUUUCCUACAUACUAAGGGUUAAAUUAACCUGAUUGCUCAUAUUACUUUUAGGCAUCUUAGAAAUUUUAAGAAAAAGGAAUAGAUCCUCUAUUCUUUAAUUAGAUUCCAUUCAUUUUUGUUUUCAUUGGUUUCCUAUUAUAUGGAGUUAAUUUUUUAUUCUUAUAUAUCUUUAAAACUCUAA